UUGGACCGAGGUGUAUGGCGCAGCGAGAGUGACGAGGAAUAUUUGCAAAUCUUGGAAUAUUAAAAACGUGGAUAUUUUUGGAAAUCAUGCAGAAAUCCUGAAAUGAGAGUGUGAGAUGAUAUCACUUCCGAAAGUGUGGAUAACUAUCACUGCCCCAUUGAUGAACACGAGCAGAACGGGUCUCAGGAAUCGCUGCUGCUGCAUUCAUAAACACUUCUUUAGGACUCACAACAACCCCUGAGCUUUGUUUGGGGUCACAAAACACCACAUAUUCCCGUUGUGCAUGUGUGUUGACAAUGGCUGAAAAGGGUAAUAUGAAUAUAGAGCAUCUCGGCGGAGUUGUCAGGCUCCGGGAGGAACACGAGAAGGUGGUGAAAGACUGUGAAAGUCGGAUUCAACACUGGAACAAGGUGUCAGGUGACUAUGAAGCCCUGAGUGACCGUCUUAAAACUCUUCCAGAUCAACUGUCCUAUGACAUCAUGGUGCCCUUUGGACCUCUGGCCUUCAUGCCUGGGAAGCUGGUGCACACCAAUGAGGUCACAGCGUUGCUCGGUGACAACUGGUUCGCUAAGUGCUCUGCCAAGCAAGCUCAGAAAAUUGUUGAUCACAGGAUGAAAUAUGUAAAGAGUGAACUUGACAAUCUAUCCAAGACUGUGAAAAACUUUGAAGCCAGAGUUGGGUUUGCAAAGGAUUUGGAAACAAUCUCAGCCAGUAAAGGGGACUAUGUUGACAUCAGAGAAGACGUCGGAAAUAAUGACACUGCUGUCAUCAAAGGCAGGCAAAGAAUAGCUCACAAACCAAAUUCUAAGCCAAAGCUGGAUGCCAUAUUUGAUCUAAAAGAGGAGGACGAGGAGAAUGACGGAGAGGGCAGAGAUGGAGGAGAUGGAGGGAGCAGAAAAGGCAUCCUGACUGAGGAGGAGCUUUGGGCUAGAUUGGAUGAACUGGAGAAAAUGGAGGAGCUACAAGAUGAGCAGUACAGAUUAUCUGAUAAUGCAGAUGUGAAUGGAGAGGACACAUCAUCCUCUUCCUCAGAGGAGGAGAAGGAGGGAGAUGCUGCUCCUCCUGUCAAUGGACUGAGUCUGAAGCCAAGCUGGAGCUCUGUGCCCCACAGCAAAGCUCCAGCAAACGUGGACCGCAAAGAGGAGGACGAUGACGAGGAAGAAGAAGGCAACUGCUUGCCUACCAUCUUCUUCUCUCACACAGUCGAACCCAAGAAGGUGAGGAUAAACACAGGAAAAAACACCACAUUGAAGUUCAGUGAAAGGAAAGAGCAGAAGGAACAUUCAAAGAGGAAAAAGAAAAACGGACACAACAAUGGACACUCCCAUCACGAACUUCACAAAAUCACAACACCAGCAGACAUUUACAGGUUGUUUGUGGACGUGAAGAACGGGGAACCCAUCCCCAGAAAGUCCAUCCUAAAGUCACGGAGCAGAGAGAACAGCGUGUGCAGCGACACGAGCGAGAGCAGCGCGGCAGACUUUGACGAGCGCCGGAUGAUCGGACGCAGCUUCAGUCACGACGAGGCAACGCACAGCGACACCAGUGACGGCAUUACAGAGGAGGACAGUCCUACGGCGGUGCCACUGCACCCCGCCAGCAGAUUUGAGGCCUUUUCAGGUACAGUGGUAGAAAAGGACCCGAUGCCUUCAACGGUUCCACACCUGACCAUCGCUCCACCGGCCCUGCCGACCAUACUGGAGAGGAAACAAGAGGAGGUGGCGCCCGACGCGGCACCGCCCCAGCAGGCCCCGAAAAGGGUGUCUAAGUUUAAAGCUGCCAGGUUGCAGCAGAAGUGACUGUUGAAGAGCAAAUAUCCACGUUUCACAAUAACUUUUUUUUAAAAAGAAAGCCUGUGUUUCUUUUCUACAGCUGAUGAACUGGACAAACCAUCCUCUCUUUUACUUUCUUUCACUCUUCUUUAAUCCACUUUCACUUUUAACCACACACGGUUUCUGUCAUUGAAUAAAACUGUUCAGUGUGGAAAAAGUAACAGUAGCAAUGUUACCAAAUCAGUCUUUCUGCUUUUUAACAAGCUCCGAACACUUAGGUAAUGCUGUCUCUUUUGCUUAUCUGCUUCUACAGUAUAAAUGGCACUUCAUAAUUGUCCAUGUUUCUGUUGGGCCUCUUCAAACUGAUUGCUGUCAUACAUUCCCCUGUCUGCUGCUCCUCUGUUGGUCCAUGCUGUUGCCAGUUUAGGUAUGACUUUAGGCUGCCAUAGCUGCCUUGUUUUGUUUCUUUUUCAAGUACUGAUCAUUAACCAGAAUCAGGUGCCCGCUAUAGCUCCUCCUUUUACCUUCUUUUGACCUGCCUAAUGAAUGUAUGUACUCCUUUGUCACAAGCUUUGUGUAACAGAAAAAAAAGAAUAUUGAUGGAAACUAAAAGGAAAAUAAACGA